UGUCCAUUGAUGGAGUUUGACAGGGACGGGAGUACUCAGUAUUCAAAAGCAAGUAGUUGUGGUUCAAAUGUUGUUUCCGUCCGGCCCAAGAAGCCUUCAGGGCCGGUUUCCCGAUUAAGGUUAGCCUGGAUUUGCGGAAAAUCUUCCCAAGCUCCGUAUCAAGUUGAAGCAUCUCCAGCCCGCGACGCAACACCGCAAUUUCAUCUAAACCUCCCUCCUACAUGCGACUUUCCUGCUACCGAUGACAUCGAAGAUUCCGGGCCAAGCUUUCGCUGCAAUUGCGCGGCAAGGGCGCUGGCGUGCUCCCGCCGCUGCUCUGUCAGUUUGCUCGCGAGCCACUGCCUCACAUAUCCAAAGACAUGCUCUCUCCUCCGCUGCGAGCCCAUCAGAAACACCGACAGCACCCCGAUGGAAAGAGACCCCACCGGCAAUGAAAGCUCCCGUACGGCUGCGUGGGAGCCCAAACAUUCCAGAGUAUCCCGUCAAUUCAGACCCGAACAUUCUCAACCAGUUCUACAUUCGAAUGCUAGGUCCUGACGGCGACAAGAUGCUCACGGAAGAGGUCAAAUGGCAAACCGUUACGCAUAAAAGCUUUGAUCAAGGGCGGAGGGGUUUCAACGAGCGAUUGUCUUACCUUGGCAAACAAAUUGUGCAUCUCCAGGCCUCGCUCUCUCUACUGGAGAGCUCGUCUGUUUCUUCGCCGCAAAAACUCGAAGACCCAUAUGGUCGGACUCCGUUCGAGCAUCCGUCCUUGCAAGGCUUGGACGCUCUCACCGAAGACAACAAGAAUAUGAGGAUAAACCGAACGAAGCUGGCCGCACUCGCCGAACAAUAUAAGCUAGGAGAGGUCUUGAGAUGGGUACCAAGAUAUCGCAAUGAUCUUCCGGGAUCCGGAUUAGAAGUCGUUUUGACGCAGGCGAUUUACGCGGUGGUUGGUGCAGUUGCGCUGGAGAAGGGGGGUGCAGUUGCGAACCAGGUGGCACGGGAUUCUAUACUCAAACCUUUGGGAUUUGACAUCGGCAUGCCACGAGACACUUUAUAGGGUGUUUUUCUUUCGUUCUUUUCUUCCUUGGGGAUACCGCAUUUUUGGUCGGCGUUUGUACGUUUAUUAGACUCUUUUAGAUUCUAUGCGAUUCUAGGUAUUUAUGUAUUAACAGGAUUUUAUUUAUAUAUAGUUUUCUUCUUCAGUUGUUCAUUAGCCUAGAUCGUUUAAAUUAAAGACAAUUAUUCUAUCUAUAUAGCGUAUGUUUGAUUCCUCUGACACCGCCCGCGUAACCAAGAAAAAAAUACACGGCCAGUUCUUAUGGAGUCUCCGUUAUUCAGUCUGCGCACCACGAUAUCGCAAGAUCAUCAAUG